AUGUCGCCGCAGCUGGUGCUUAUUGUGGCUGCGAUUGGCCGAUUUCCUUGUGAACCAGCUCUUUGCAACCGCAUGCGCUGCGGACCCUGUCAUGCUGGCACGACGUUGCCAUGGAAGCAAGGUCAUGGGGUCGCCGUUCAAGACGUUGUCAAUCAAAAGUUAAUUAUGGCUGCUCUGAUGACAUGGCGUGCAACAGGCGCAGCAGACUGCCCCACUGUAAAUCUCGACGCUACGUCAACCAUACCUUCAGAUGGCAAUACCUGCACUGCCAGCUCGGCAGCCAUGUGCACGGGCAGCAGUUGCCAAGCAUUGAAAACAUUGCAGGUGAGGGCCUGCUGA